ACAUAUAGUGAAUGAAAAAUCCUAACCUUUUGCACUGUCUUCUUCCAUCCCUUGCAACGUUCCCGGUUGGAUUAUCACUUAUCAGGCAGUGUGCCUACUAGCCACUAUUAUCACACAGCCUCCAACUGUUUUGUAUCUCUCUCGUUGUGCGACUUUGAUUCUUCUAAGGUUCCGAUUGAAAUCAGAGUUUCGAUGGCAGCUUUGAAAGGUUAUGGCUUGAUCUCCAUUGACUCUGCCCUCCAUUUCCCUCGUCCACAUCAAUUCGAGGGCUACAAGAGAAGAAAUGCGAAAUGGGUCUCUCCAAAAGCAGCUGUUGUGCCAAACUUCCAUCUCCCAAUGCGUAGUCUCGAGGAUAAAAACAGGACAAACACAGACGAUAUAAGGUCCCUUAGAGUGAUCACAGCCAUUAAAACACCGUAUCUACCUGAUGGAAGAUUCGACCUCGAAGCAUAUGAUGACUUAGUCAACACGCAGAUAGAAAACGGAGCCGAAGGUGUGAUUGUUGGUGGCACAACCGGUGAAGGCCAAUUGAUGAGCUGGGACGAACACAUAAUGCUUAUAGGCCAUACCGUAAAUUGUUUUGGUGGAAGAAUCAAAGUCAUUGGAAACACCGGAAGCAACUCUACUAGGGAAGCUAUACAUGCCACUGAGCAAGGUUUCGCUGUUGGAAUGCACGCAGCUCUGCACAUAAACCCUUACUAUGGAAAAACUUCCAUUGAAGGCAUGACUGCUCACUUUCAAACCGUUCUUCAUAUGGGACCUACGAUUAUAUACAAUGUGCCAGGUCGUACGAGUCAAGACAUACCUCCUCCGGUUAUCUUUAAGCUUUCUCGGAAUCCUAAUUUGGCUGGAGUUAAGGAAUGCGUUGGUAAUAACAGAGUCGAAGAGUAUACUGGGAAUGGAGUUGUUGUGUGGAGUGGAAAUGAUGAUCAGUGCCAUGAUUCUAGAUGGGAUCAUGGGGCGACUGGAGUUAUAUCGGUCACUAGCAAUUUGGUUCCAGGUUUGAUGAGGAGGUUAAUGUUUGAAGGUAGAAACUCGGCGUUGAACUCAAAGCUUCUGCCUUUAAUGGAUUGGCUAUUCCAAGAACCGAAUCCGAUUGGUGUUAACACUGCUUUGGCUCAGCUAGGUGUUGCGAGGCCGGUUUUUCGGUUACCGUAUGUGCCAUUGCCUGUGUCCAAAAGGGUUGAGUUUGUUAAACUGGUUAAGGAAAUCGGAAGGGAGCAUUUUGUAGGAGAGAGAGAUGUUCAGGUGCUUGAUGAUGAUGACUUCAUAUUGAUCGGUCGGUAUUAGAAUGUCUUCCUUGAAGAUUGGUUCUGUUCAUACAUCUCUUGUUGGUUGUUUUAGCUGAUGAGAAACUUACAGAUGAAUCAUAUAGCUGUUCUGGUCUGUUGCUUUUGUUAUGAAUCUGGUGGUUUCUUUCUGACUCUCUUCUUCUUAAACAGAGAAGAGUGUGUUUGAUUGUGUUUUGUCUCUGCGUGUUUUGCUCUGUUAUAAUUACGAAAUGGCAUGAUGAUU